GUGUUGUCACUCAAACUCACAUUAUCUCUCUCUCUCCCCGGCCGUUCGACGGGAUGACAGUGGCUGAGUGUUAAUGCACCAUGGCCGGUCACAGGAAUUUGAAGGUUGACCUCAGCAGGGGACUACAUUAAGUACUGUGCACCAGAGUCUCGAGGCAAACUUCUGCAGCUUUCGUCACCCAAAGUCUGGAGAAGUUUAGGAGGAGAAUCGUCUCGUGAGAUUUGGUGGAUUUUUAAAGUUUUGGUGUUGUUUCUUGUUCAGUGUUUUGGGCUGCAAACAUGGCUCUGUCCCAGAUACAGUGCCUUGACGAUAACCAUGUGAAUCCGCGAACGCACGAGUCCAAACCGGAGUUUCUCUACUGCGAAGACCAGCGGCUCGCACUGGAGGCUCUCCUCCAGGAUGGUCGCGAGGCGUUCCUCAAGUGCCUGCAUGACCGCGGCCUACGGGGUUUCCUCUCAGACCCGGAGCUGGACACUCUUGCCAAGGCGUUGGAACCUUAUGACCCGGGUUCGGAGCUCUUCCCUGGGAAUGCAGAGGAUGACGAGCCCCCACUGUCACUGCAUUACUGGCCCGAACUAUCGGACACAUCUAUACCCCAGAUGGACCUGGGCUGGCCGGACUGCGAUGCUUACCGGGGGGUAACGCGCACUACCGUUUACACUCAGCCACCGAUGGAUGGUCAGGCACACAUCAAAGAGAUUGUUAGAAAAAUGAUUGCGCAGGCGCAUAAGGUGAUAGCAGUGGUGAUGGAUGUCUUCACUGAUGUUGACAUCUUCAGAGAUUUGCUAGAUGCGGGUUUCAAGAGGAGGGUUUCUGUCUACAUCCUGUUGGAACGCACAACGCUACCUCAUUUCCUGUCCAUGUGUCAGAGGGCCAACAUGCACCCCGGACACCUUAAGCACCUUCGUGUCCGCUGCACAGACGGAGCAGAGUUCUUCACUCGGUCAUGCACCAAGGUCAAAGGGAAACUGGGGCACAGAUUUAUGUUCAUUGAUGGAGACAAAACUGUGUCUGGGUCAUACAGUUUCACCUGGAUGUCCUCAAGGCUGGACAGAAACCUCAUCACCGUGGUUACAGGCCAGGCAGUGGAUGCUUUCGAUCGACUGUUUCGCUUGCUUUUCGCAACAUCGAGCUCUGUUGACCUCCGGCAGGUCGCCACAGAGCCUGAACCUGAGCCGGAGCCCCUCCCACAGCCAGCCGCUGUUGCCCCUCCUUCUGCUGCUAUUGCUAGAAAACUAUACAACCCCAAAUAUGCCCUGGUUGCUGCAGGCAACCCCAGCCUGAUUACUUCUGCUGGCAACAACAGCUCCAAAGAGCCCCAAAAUUCAGUCAACUCCAAGAGCCCAGAGGUCCCAGAAACCAAGAAGACAAGGCGGAGGAAGUUUAGUAAAGACAGUACACAGGAGGCUCCUCCCCUCCAUCCUGGACUUACCAAUUUAGAGAAGGCAAGCUUGAUCCCGUACCUGCCUACCUGGCCAGAGCCUGACCCCCCAAGUGACGUAAUCGGGUUUAUUAACAUUCGGGAUGCCAACAGACCAACGCAGGUCCAUUUGCAGCGAUCUGAGAUGUUUGAAACAAGCCAAGCGAUCAGGUUUAGCAGUCCAUUCAGCAGGUCUAAGGAAACCCUGCCAGAGGUCGCCAAGCCCAGACAGCUUGCUGCUAAACAUGAGGAGAUGAAUAAACUCCAGCCAACACAAGAUAAAACAAAGGCUGAAGAAUCUGUGGUAGACAGCGUUCAGCCAACACAACUCGGCACAAAGCCAGAUGACAUCAAAAAUAAAGGAGAGGCACCAGAACUGAAAUUAUCGGCGUCUGGGCAAAAAUCUGAACCAGAGAAAGACACACCCACCGACCAAGAUGCAGGUCACAACAUUACACCUCACCUCAGCGCACACACACCCUCUCAAUCCAACAGCAAGACUUCCACUCCCAACACUGGGAGGCCUUCACACCCCCACAUUCCCACAGUGAACUCAAGGACAGCUAACAUUUCCACUUCUGUGCCUCCGUCCUGCACAUCCUCUUCUUUGACUUCAACUCCUCCCAUCCCUAAACCUCGUACUGUCAAGCUGGUUAUCAAAGAUGACGGCACCAGCAACGGCCAGAAGCUGCCAGAGAUCAGUGUUGUUAGGAGACCUGAGAGCCUGGCCAGCACGGGGCCACUAGUGGUCCACAGUAAGGCUGAUUUAGCGAAUGCUGCGCAGACACCACCAGUAAAAGACCCAGAGACUGUCCCACAACGGCAGAACAACAGUGGAAGCAAAAGAGGAGCUCAAAAAGACAGUGAGAACACAGAAAAUCCCGAAGAAGCUCCGCAGCAAAAGCAGAAUGUGACUUCCCAAGAGAUAAAACAUGAGGAAACAGUUGGACUGCAUGAUGACAGAGCAGCAGUGCAAUCAGCCACUGGAACCAAACCACAAGCCCAAUCAGAUCUUUUGAUUACUGAUGCAGCAAAGGCAGAUAGUGUGAAUAUUCAAGAAAUAAUUCCAAAAGAAGUUGAGCCCAAGAGUUUGACGUCAGCAGACUGCAAAAUAACCUCAAAGACUGAGACAGACAGUGUAGCCACAGUACAGAGUGACACCAAGGCCUCAGAAAAAACCCUUAUAGGCUCUGAGUUUGCUAGUGUGCCAAGUGAAAAAAGUGAGAAUGUGAUACAACACAAGACAUACCAUGCCGGAGCUCAUGAACCUCAGGGGAUGUCAGAUUGUGAAUCGAAUCCAGUUGAUUUAGUGUCGGAAACUGUGGACUCUUUAAAAGCUUCAACACACACUUCUGUUUCUGCCACAACCAACUCACACACAUCAGCACACCACAUAAACAGCAAGCCAAAUAUGGCAAAAAACAACACACACAUCAUUGUCACCUCUCAAGAAUCCCAGCAGACCCCCAAAGCACGAGCAAGCUCACACACACCUGAAAGACCCCUGCGCUUACAUGUCUACGACACACACGUGCCAGACCUGCGUUCGCCGACCCCUGAGCGAGAAUCGCGGCCACUCGCUGCUCUGGCACGCACUCCAACCCCAGACGGAUUUCUCCCACGCACGCCCACCCCAGACACACGAACGCACACGCCGGACCCACGGUCAUGCACUCCAGAUUUUCGAACUCCUACACCCGACGUUAGCGACGGGUAUAUCUCAUCGAGGGAUGACUCCACUCUUUCCACCACCUCGGAGGAGUAUUAUGAAUGUAGCGACACUCCUUCCCAUAACCCAACUUUUUGCAACCAUGGGACGACAGUGGAUCAUGAUAGCUUCACACACACAAAUACCACAAAUGCUACAACCAUUACCACCGCUACCACUAGUCCUGCAUGCAUAAAUAAUAGCACUUGUGCUUCUAUGUCAGGCACUACAGACAGGAAGGCCUCUAGCGGUGAAACACAGAGUUUGUCUGGGCCUUCAAGAGUCUCUAGUUCUUCUUCUAUACUUGAGAAAUUGAAAAUGGGGGAGGAUAAGGAAGUCACAAAUGAAGAAAAUGGGAGAGAAGGGGAUGACAGUGGGAAGAAACUGAGUUUGGCAGAGAGAGAUUCCGAGGGGACGGAGACGAGAGGCUGCGAUGAGGCUCAGAGAACAGCAGAGCAUCUUAAACAGGCUAAAGAAUCAACAGAGGUGGUGGGAAAAGACAAGGAGGCCCAAGCCCCUAAAAGAAAGCAGGUGCUAAAACAAUCAGCAGCAGAGAGACUGAUCAACGGAGGAGAAUCCACCAAUAAUGCAACAGAUGCAAAGCGACUGUCUACUGGUGAUCUUAAGCCAGAGAAGACUGAGAAAGUGGACAAAGACAAGGUGGUGGACAAAGUGGCACCAAAACCCAGCAGCGUGGAGAGGAGAGACAGGCCCCAGUCAACUACACAGACGGAGGGACAGAAGUCUGGGGAGUCCUCUCCUUUCCGACCACCCAGACUCCCUCAACCCCUCUCAGCCAGCCAGCCAUUGGGGGCUCGUGCCUGGGCAAGCCGACAGCCGAACCAAGCAGAAAACAAGGUGCUCCACAACAGUUUCCAAGUCUUAGAUAAUACCUCAUCUCCUCUGAGACUUCCGUCCAGGCCACCCCCUCCAAUGGCAGCGGGCGCUGUCCGGUCUGCAACUUGGCAGAAGCAGGGCGAGGUCUACCACAACCAGCAGAGCCUCUUCUCUCAACUGCCUGUAGCAGCACAGAGCAGGGCGAGAUUUGGACAAUCACAGAAUCAACAUACUAUCCCAAAACCUCAGGCCUCCUUUCUCAACUCAAACUCACAUUCCCAGAACCAGACAGUAUCAGUACGGGAAGCACACAGACAGGAAGCAGGAAGGGCUCCAUUUACCUUCAGCUUUAGCAGGUUGUACAGCCUUAAAGACCUGAAAGACAAGAUGAGCAAGCUGCCAGGACCGAGCAUGAGAGGCGGCACCAGCUUUCCUGGACAAGGACGUAAGGGCACAGGCUAGUCUGGUCAUCUUCUGGAAAAAAAAAAGAGCAGCAUCAUUUCUGUUAUCCUCGCCUUUAAGAAAAAAAAACAUUGUAAAACCAUGACCUGACCCAGAAUGUGUACUGUGAAAGAAAUGCCCUAGAAAAGACACAUCAUCUGUCCUGUUAACACAACAAAGACUCUGCACCACCUUUUUCACUCUAGGGUCUGAACUUUGAACUAUGACCCCUGACUUGUAUGAUUGACCUGCUGCUGUCUCGUCUGAUGGAGGACAUACUUUAAGUUGUAUUUCACAUGGCAGUUUUCAGUAUGAAACCACUCUUAUCCAAUCGAAAACCAAGUGUAAUUGUAUAAGGGUUUUUCUUUUUCUCUUUGGUUUCUCAUUUCUAAAGACAUUUUUUACAGAUUCAUAUGCCUUCAUCUCAAACCUUCAAAAAUUCUUCUUAUGUUGAAAAUCCAGCUGCCUUACUGGCUGAAGUCUGAGCUUUGUUCUUUAAGAGGUCAUAACCUUUGAUGUUAUCAAAGCCGUUUACAUCUGGAGUUGAAUCACAGCUGCUUCUCCGAAAUGAUUGCGACUCAGACACUACCAAAAGUUGCUUUUUUUAACCAACCUGGCCUCAGUUAUCAAACAACUGAAUAACGGUGUUAUUUGUAAAGCUUUUGUUCCAAAUUUACAUGUGCAAAUUUGCAUGUACGACUGUCACAUAUUGCACAUUGAAUAGGCUGCUUUGAUCGACUGUAGUUCAACUGUACAUAUAAUGUAGAUCAAGCACUGUGAUCUACUGAAUGGACUCUUGUAUGAAAUUAACCACUCCGUUUUUUUUAAUGUUUUUUUUCCCCAACAGCACUGGGAGUUACAUCAGUGAAUGUGAACUCAGCAUCUGUGCUUACAGUAAACUGUGUGAGUGUUCUUAACAUGAAAAUGUGCACACAUGCUGUAUUUACAGACGUACCGCACUUUGUGUGAUACUGAACAAUAUGUAAGACUACUGACAGUAACAGACUGCCUCUUCCAACAUGGUGUUCUCCACCCCCACUUUACAUUCUGUGAGCGGACAAAUAAGUAAAUGUUCAAAUGGCUACGAUCAUGACAGGUAAGCUCAAAUUGGGAAAAAAAAAAAAAAACUGUUUAUAUAGUGUGUAUAUGGGUUGAAUGGGAGCAUAUGUCCCAAAUUUGUGUUGUAACAAGUUUUUCCUCUUCUGUACAUCUGUAUAUUCAAAAAGUGUUUACGAUGUUAAUUUGAAUACUAAAACUGCACUAAAUGCAAAACAUCUUAUUGA